CCACGGCAACGAAGUUCUGUAUUUUAGUGCCUUUCUUUUCUGCAGAUCUGAAUUCUGGAAAGUUUUCUGCAGCUUAGAUGAAAUUCUGGUUAGAUACACAGCUUGUUUGAUCGAGAAAUGGUUAGAGGAAUCAUCAAUUGAUUGUCGAUUUCUCUUUCGAACAAUCUGCUGCGAAGGGGGGAAUUCUCAUUUCUGGGCUGUGUAUUUGGGGGUUUCUCCGUUGGAUUUUAUGCUUCUAAUCUGGCAGCAUGAGGAAGAAGCUCGAUACCCGCUUCCCGGCUGCUCGAAUAAAAAAAAUCAUGCAAGCUGAUGAGGAUGUUGGCAAGAUAGCCCUGGCAGUGCCUGUCUUAGUGUCUAAAGCAUUGGAAUUGUUUUUGCAAGACCUUUGUGAUCGUACUUAUGAAGUUACCCUUCAUAGAGGAGCAAAGACCAUGAGUUCACUCCACCUAAAACAUUGUGUCCAAAGCUAUAAUGUGUUUGAUUUUCUGCGAGAAAUUGUUAGCAAGGUUCCUGAUUAUGGCCAUGGUCAUGGCCACCCUGAUGCACCUGCGGAUCACAGAGUCCUUCAUAAGAGGAAGCCCAUUAUGGAUGAAGGCAAUGAGAGCGAUGAAGAAAUGAAGAGAAGCAGGAUGCAUGAUACAAGCCACACAGUCGUUACUGGUCGAGGGAGAGGUCGUGGUCGAGGGAGAGGUCGUGGUCGAGGUGCUCGAAACGCGGAUAGAGAAUUGGCUCAUCGUGAGGCCGACUCUGAAGCUGCUUGUACUACUCCCGCGGCAACAUCCCAGUUCCUGGAACGAUGA